AUGGCCGCUGUCGCAGAGCGCACCUUCAUUGCCAUCAAGCCUGAUGGGGUCCAGCGGGGACUGGUGGGAGAGAUCAUCAAGCGGUUCGAGCAGAAGGGAUUCAAACUGGUGGCCAUGAAACUGAUACAUGCCUCUGAAGACCUUCUGAGAGAACACUACAUUGAUCUAAAAGACCGUCCGUUCUAUGAUGGUCUGGUGCAGUACAUGCACUCUGGACCUGUUGUAGCUAUGGUGUGGGAAGGUCUUAAUGUGGUUAAAACUGGAAGGGUGAUGCUGGGGGAAACUAAUCCAGUGGAUUCAAAGCCUGGCACUAUUCGUGGUGACCUCUGUGUUCAAGUUGGAAGGAACAUCAUUCAUGGAAGUGAUUCUGUAGAAAGUGCUGAGACAGAGAUCAAUCUGUGGUUCAAUCCUGAAGAACUGGUUGAUUACAGAAGCUGUGCUCAUGAAUGGAUCUAUGAGUAGAACUGAGCCUAUACCUUUUGAUAUCCUUACUAUCUGUUAUCAGUUAUUUUAAAGUCCUUCAUAUCAACUAGUAGAAACCUGUUUCAGAAACCUCUGAUAUACGCUGUUGUGCAUAUUAAAUAUAAUCAGUGUUUGUUGCUGUUUUGGUUAAAAAGCUAUCAACU